CAAAAUCUAGACACAGAAAAACUAGUAGUUUUUGUUGUUGCUACUACGGGCCAAGGAGACCCUCCUAAUAACAUGAGACAGUUUUGGAGACUUCUACUACGAAAAAGUCUUCCAGCGAUGCUGCUCUCUAAUAUAAACAAAAAAAUUAAACAAGCGGUUGAUGCAACUAGGUGCAAAGGAAUUGCUGCCUAUCGGAUUGGCAGAUGAUCAGCAUGAUUUAGGAAUAGAUGCUGUUAUCGAUCCUUGGCAAGAAGAGUUAUGGAAGAAGAUUUCAGACGCAUUUAAUGUUUCUGCAACAGAUAUGGUCAAUGAUCAAGAUAAAAUAAUUGAAAGAUUUGAUGUCUCUGAGAUAAAUUCAAAUUUUUUAAGAGAUUCGUACUGCUUAGACAAUGAUAUCUACAUGAAAGAAUUACUUGUGAACAAUGAAAUGAAAAUUGGUACAGUAAUUGAAAACACAAGAACUACUACAGAAGAUCAUUUUCAGGAUGUCAGAUUAAUUAAAUUUAAAUCAACUAAUAUCGAUUAUCAACCUGGAGACAUAAUGUAUGUUAGACCAAAGAAUUCGAAGGAGCAAGUUGAAAAAUUCUUUAAUAUAUUGAAUAGUAACAAUGUACAAUUACAUCCAGACAUAAAGAUUCAAGUAUCAGAGAAAGAAGUCAAAGUGCCUACCGUUUUAAAACAAAUUUUGACUUUACAACAGAUUGUAGAACAAUACUGGGAUUUAAAUUUCAAACCCCGGAGAUCUACAAUGCAAGUACUGUCCUUUAUUAGCGAAAAUGAACUAGAGAAGGAAAAGUUUCAUGAAUUUACAACUUCGAGUGGUCAAGAAGAACUAUAUGAUUACAUUAAUAGACCGAGAAGAAAUAUUUUAGAAUUACUAGCAGACUUUCCUCAUACAACUAGUAAAUUAAAUAUAAAAUUACUAUUUGAAAUUAUGUCUCCCAUAAAACCUCGCGCUUUUAGCAUAGCUUCGAGUUUAAGGGUUACAGAAGAUGAGAUUCAUCUGUUAGUGGCUGUAGUAAAGUACAAAACGAAACUGUUAGAACCAAGGUACGGUUUGUGCUCAAACUGGCUGGGAAGAUUAACAGAGGGAGACAAAAUAAUAUUUUGGAUACAAAAGGGAACAUUUAAAUUUGCAUACGACAAACCGAUGAUACUUAUUGGUCCUGGCACAGGUGUUGCACCAUUUCGAUCUGUACUAUUGGACAAGUCUGCAAUGCAUAGUGAUUUAAGUAAUUGUGUUCUAUUUUUUGGCUGUAGAAACAGAGAAAAAGAUUAUCAUUGUAAACAUGAUUUUCAGUACUUAAAAGAAAAAAUGCAUUUAAAUUUAUUCUGUGCAUUUUCAAGGGAUCAAGAUCGUAAAAUAUACGUACAACACGUUAUACGUGAUCAAAAGCAACUAUGUUGGAAUUUUUUUUGCAAAAAUGGUAACGUUUACCUAGCGGGUAAUUCCAAAAAUAUGCCAGAUUGUGUUCGCGAAGAAUUCGUCAAUUUAGUCAAGGAAGUUUCAGAGCUAACCGAAGAAGAAGCAGAAAGUUUUAUUAAACGGUUAGAAAACGAAAAUCGAUAUCAGGUUGAAACAUGGGGUUAAUAAAAAUCUUGUAAAUAAUUAUGUAAUUAAGUCGCUCCUUUAUUAAAAGAUCCGUGUAAUAUCUAUGCAUUCUCUAUCGCGGCACUUCUCAACAUUGAUUACUCCGUUCACCCUCUUUACUGAUAUCAAAGUAUCAUUCCCCCACCGAAAGAAAGUUACGAUUACAAAUGGAACAUUUCCACGAAUAAACGAGUGAAAUAUUUUUCUUAAACGUUUGUUUAAUUUCAAUGUUAAAUUUAGUUGACGACCAGUCGUACAAUUUAGAGAUAGAUUGACGUUAAAUUAAUGUCAGCGAUGAAACUAUAAACAUAAUUGAAAAUAUUGCAACAUCCCUACAACAUUGCAGCAGAAACAGGAUACGCCGUAUAGAUAGCGUACUGUAAUUGGUAAUUAAAAGUCGUUUAACUGAUGUCAUCGUGUCGCAAGAAUUCAACUAUAGACGGUCGACGUUUUAUACGCACCGAUCGUGCAAUGAAAACCUGUUUAAUCGCAUUGAAUAAGGAGCUCUCUAUUCGCUGAAACAAUUGCUCUAUUAUAUAAAUAGCAUUGGCCGCAUUCGUCACGCGAGAUUUUUCUUUUUCUGCAAUUUGAAUAUGAUAGGCGCGCGCGGUCGUUCGUAACGUUAACGUCACCUCGGUUCAGUUCGUGAAUCUUCGCGCAGCGUGGAGUUAAAUCUUCAAACUCUAACCCUGUCUUAUCUCAUAACCUAAAAAAAAACAAGCGGAAACAUGGUACGUCGUGCACGUUGGGGAACAGUUCUAUUCAUAACUCAACGUCUCAACCAUCGGAUCAUGCAGUGAUACUAUAAAAGGUUCUUGCAAAGCCUUUUUUUGCGAACGAAAGUAUCGAAGUAUAGUACCCGGGAGGACUCCACAAAUGUCGAUUAAAUAACCAUCGUUGCCAACUAUUUCUCCAACGCCGUUCGAAUCACCACGAACACGUCCGUCCACCCGAUAAAAGAGAGAACGAAACUGCGAUUAUAAAUACUUAUCGUCUGAGAAUCGUCACGUGAAAUGCAUUAACCUUUAUUACACGGCCUUUGACACGAUCCAAGUUUAAAAACUUUGCGGAAAAAUGGCGGGCAGUUACACGAAGAAGGAAUUCGGCGUGGGUAGCGAGGAACAGACUUUAUUGAAAGAUUCGAAUGGGACCCGCAUCGUGCCCGCGAAAGGUAUACGAUAUUUCCCAUCUCUGUCGCUUUCUCGAGCCUUCAUCCUUUUAGCUUCUGGUAAUUUCAAAUAACGGGGUCUCUACCCUUCUUGGAACUGUCUUUUACUCUUCUUUCUUUUUUUUUUUUAUUUGUUUUCACUGCAACUACUCGGCCAAACCGGUCCCUUGGUAGAGAACAUUCAACACGGUACACCUUGGAUGGCAUACUCCAACCAUUUCAGAGUGUAACGUCGAUUUUUGUUUGAUCCAGAGCUUUUCUGGUAAAGACCAGUCUCGAUUUGACGUUUUCUAUGUAAUGUUAAGUACUACUUAUGAUAAUGUGAAUUAUUAUGAAAAUCAAAAAAAAAAGAAGGUCCUUUUUAAAAUUCAUUGAGUGGUAUGUUUUUUUAAGAAUUAAUCGCACGAAUCUGGAGUACUUUGCAUUGAAGUACGUAUCUACACUUAAGAGUAUAUAUCUCUAUUAAAAAAUCCAAUUAUAUAGAUUACAAAGAGGUUGUAAAGAUAAAGAAAUAGAUAGCAAAAGAAGAUAAAUGUAAGACCAUGCUCCUUACUGCUACUUUUUGGCAUAAUGUGAAUUCAAACAAGUAAAACAAUGUAAAUGCAAUUAUAUGCUAAAAAUGAUUUAUUGAAAUUGUCUUUUUUUUUUUAAUAAAAUAAAAAGAAAUGAAAAUGAUUUUACAGAGUAUUUCAUAUGUCUUCGUACAAAUUUUUCUCAUAAAAAAUACUUUCAUUACAUUUUUUUAAAACAUAUGAGAAAGACACAGAGGAAAAAUAUUUAACAUUUUAGCCACAAAAUAUUCUUGCAAAAUUUGUAUGAAAACCUGCGGGACAUUCUGUGUAUGCACUAGUAUUGUGUUUCACUUGCAAAGUUAGUUUUUUGCUGACACAAAGUAAGCAAGAUGUUAGGAUAUAUAUGUGUUGUAUGGUAAGCUAAAGCAUGACUAUUAUAUUACAGUUUAAAAAGGAACUUUAAUGAAGCAAAAGAUAGCAGAAAAUUAUUAUUUUUUAUAAUUUCGCAAUACUUGGUAUUGAUAUGUUAUGUUACAUGCUUACAGCAUACACAUUAUACAGGAGUACAAUUUAGACAGCAAUGAAGUACAAGUAGAAUAAACU